GGUGGCGCGGAGCACUCACUCCGCCCCCAGCGUGCUGGGGCGGGGACACCGUCCCCCGGGAAACGGGACGCGCUGCUCGACCCAGGCCACCGCCUCGGACCGGCAGGCUACCACUAUGCGCAGUAGCCGCCGCUGCUAAGUAGCAGCAGGUGGGAAACGAGGGUCUAAGCUUGCGGCGAUCGCGGGGGAGGCUGGGCGCCUCCGCAGGUGUCCUCACUCACUCCGGGCUGCCCCAGAGCCUCGGGUGAGGACCCAGUCGGCCCCGCGUCCCCUCGGACGGUUGCCCGAUGGCAGCCUCGGUGGCAGGCCGGGAGGCGAGAGACUUUCGGGAAGCCCCGACCCUUCGCCUAACCUCGGGGGUCGCCCUGGAGGCAGUGGGCGCUGUGGAGCUCGAGGAGGAGGAGGAGAACGAGGAGGAGGCGGCGGCCCGGAGAGCGCAGAGUUUCGCCCAAGACGCUCGGGUGCGCUUCCUCGGCGGCCGCCUGGAGAUGAUACUGGGGUUCACCGAGGAGAAAUGGAGCCAGUAUUUGGAGAGCGAGGACAACCGGCAGGUUCUUGAGGAGUUUCUGGAAAGCACCAGCCCGACUUGCCUUGUGUUUACCGUCGCCGCCGCGGGGCGCCUUGUGGCUUCCCAGGAGAUUCCAAGAGAUGCAAACCAUAAACUUGUUUUUAUUUCUAAGAAGAUUACUGAAAGCAUUGGAGUAAAUGACUUUUCUCGAAUGGUUUUAUUUGGAGAGUUACCUGCGAUGUGUCUUGGACAUGUAUCUGCUUUCCUUGAUGAGAUUUUACUGCCGAUUCUUUCUAAUAAGAACAACCAUAAGUCCUGGUCCUAUUUUACUUCACAAGAUAUGGAAUAUCACAUAGAAAUCAUGAAAAAUAAGAUGUAUAUUUUUAGGGGCAAAAUGUCUAGAAGAACUCUUCUACCAAUUCCCACUGUUGCAGGAAAGAUCAACCUGGAUCAGAAUUAUUCAGAGAACAAGCCACAGUCAAAUGAAAGGAUAAUACUUCAUGCAAUUGAAUCUAUGGUUAUAAAAUGGUCACAUCAAAUCCAGGAAGUUGUAGAAAAAGAUUCAGUGCAGCCUUUGUUGAAUGGUCUUCACUUGACUCCUCAAGAAGAGCUAGAUUUCUGGAUGAGGAGGAGAGAAAAUCUGUCAUGCAUUCAUGAUCAACUUCAGGCACCUAUCGUACUCAAAAUGGUUAAGAUCCUGAAAACUAAGCAAAGCAGCUAUUUUCCUACUCUGAAGGACACUUUUCUGGCUGUGGAAAAUGCCCUCCUCGAAGCCCAAGAUGUGGAACUUUACCUAAGACCUCUGAGAAGACACAUCCAAUGUCUCCAGGAGACGGAAUUCCCACAGACCCGCGUAUUAAUCGCUCCAUUAUUUCAUACCAUCUGUCUGAUCUGGAGUCAUUCCAAGUUUUAUAAUACCCCUACUCGGGUUAUAGUUUUAUUGCAAGAGUUUUGUAACCUCUUCAUUAACCAGGCAAUAGCUUACCUUUCACCUGAGGACCUUUUGAAGGGAGAAAUAGAAGAGUCACUGGAAAAGGUUCAGGUGGCUGUUAACAUCUUAAAGACUUUCAAAAACUCAUUUUUCAACUAUAGGAAAAAAUUGGCAAGCUAUUUUACAGGAAGUAAGAAGCUGAGACUGUGGGAUUUCCAGUCUCAUCUGGUGUUUUGCAGAUUUGACAAGUUUCUUGAUCGUUUAAUGAAAAUAGAGGAUAUAUUUGUUACUACAUUGGAAUUUGAAAAGCUGGAAAGACUGGAAUUUGGUGGUACCAAGGGGGCAAUUUUAAAUGGACAAGUCCACGAGAUGAGUGAAGAAUUUAUGGAACUCUACAAAAUUUUUAAACAGAGCACUUAUGACCCAUCUGAUUACAAUAACAUGGAAUUUGAAAGUGAUUAUGUCGCAUUUAAGUCCAAAACUCUGGAUUUUGACAGAAGGCUUGGGACAAUGGUUUGUGAAGCUUUCUUUAACUGCAAUGGCUUAGAAGCUGCAUUUAAGCUUUUGACCGUAUUUGGAAAUUUUCUAGAGAAGCCAGUUGUCAUGGAAAUUUUCAGCCUACAUUACUGCACACUAGUGCAUAUGUUUAAUACAGAGCUGGAUGUAUGUAAGCAGUUGUACAGUGAACACAUGAAACAGAUUGAACAUGGACAUGUAGUUCUUAACAAGAACAUGCCGUUUACCUCAGGAAAUAUCAAAUGGGCCCAUCAGGUCCUCCAACGACUUCACAUGUUUUGGUCAAACUUUGCAUCUCUCCGUUAUCUAUUUUUGGGCAAUCCUGAUAAUGACUUAGUUUACCAAAAGUAUGUUGAAAUGACCACUUUGCUUGAACAAUUUGAAAAUCUUAUCUAUAAUGAAUGGAAAAGUAAUGUGGAUGACAUCUGCGAAUUCAAUUUGAAUCAACCCUUGGUAAAAUUCAGUUCCAUAAAUGGUCUUCUCUGUGUCAACUUUGACCCAAAGCUAGUGGCUGUAUUGAGAGAAGUGAAAUAUCUUUUGAUGUUGAACAAGCAGGACAUACCAGAUUCAGCUUUAACCAUCUUCAAAAAAAGAAACACCAUUUUAAAGUACAUUGGAAAUCUUGACCUUCUUGUGCAAGGAUAUAAUAAGCUGAAACAGACGCUCCUAGAAGUUGAAUACCCUCUGAUUGAAGAUGAGCUGAGGGCUGUUGACAAGCAGUUGACAGCAGCCACCACGUGGCUGACAUGGCAGGACGACUGCUGGAGCUACAUCGAGAGGGUGAGGGCGGCCACAGCUGAGUUGGAGUGCAGAGUUGAGCACACGCAGAGCAACGUGAAGGUGAUCCAGCAGACCAUGAGAGCCUGGGCUGGGUGUGCACUGCCUCCCAGGAGAGAGCACAGACGAGAGGUGGCCUUCACUUUGGAGGACAAGGGUGAUUUGUUUACAAAAAAAUACAAGUUAAUCCAAGAAGAUGGCCACAAGAUCCACAGCUUGGUUGAGGAAAAUAGGAAGCUCUUCAAAGCUGAUCCCUCUCUGGAUACUUGGAAAAUUUAUGUAGAAUUCAUUGAUGACAUUGUGGUGGAAGGCUUUUUUCAGGCUAUAAUGCACGACUUAGACUUCUUUCUGAAGAAUACAGAGAAACAGUUGAAACCGGCACCAUUUUUUCAAACACAAAUGAUCUUAUUGCCUCCCGAGAUUGUGUUUAAACCUUCUCUAGACAGAGAGGCUGCGGAUGGCUUCUAUGAUCUGGUAGAAGAAAUGCUAUGCAAUAGUUUUAGAAUGUCUGCCCAGGUGAACCGAAUAGCAACACAUCUGGAAAUAAAAAAUUAUCAGAAUGAUAUGGAUAAUAUGUUAGGCCUGGCAGAGGUCAGGCAGGAGAUUAUGAACAGAGUGGCGAAUGUCAUCAAAAAAGUCUUAGAUUUUAGAAAUACCCUGGAGACCCAUGCUUACCUGUGGAUGGAUGAUCGAGCUGAGUUUAUGAAGCAUUUUCUCUUGUACGGUCACGCUGUAUCUUCCGAGGAAAUGGAUGCACAUGCAAACGAAGAAAUUCCUGAACAACCACCAACUCUUGAGCAAUUCAAAGAACAGAUCGACAUUUAUGAAGCUUUGUAUGUCCAGAUGAGCAAAUUCGAUGACUUCAAAGUGUUUGAUAGUUGGUUCAAGGUGGACAUGAAGCCUUUCAAAGUGAGCUUGUUAACCAUAAUUAAGAAAUGGAGCUGGAUGUUUCAGGAGCAUCUUUUGAGAUUUGUCAUUGACAGUCUGAAUGAGCUGCAAGAAUUUAUAAAGGAGACAGAUGCAGGACUUCAGAGGGAAUUAAAUGAAGGUGAUCAUGAUGAUUUAGUUGACAUCAUGGGGCAUCUUCUGGCUGUGAGAAGCCGACAGAAAGCUACUGAUGAACUCUUUGAACCUCUAAAAGAAACCAUCACCCUCUUGGAAAGCUAUGGUCAGAAGAUGCCUGAGCAAGUCUAUAUUCAGCUAGAGGAAUUACCUGAAAGAUGGGAAACUACCAAAAAGAUCGCCGCAACUGUCAGACAUGAAGUCUCACCCCUCCAUAAUGCCGAAGUCACUCUUAUAAGGAAAAAAUGUGUUUUGUUUGAUGGAAAGCAGGCAGAGUUCAGAGAGAGAUUCAGACGCUAUGCCCCUCUUGGAUUUAAUGCAGAAAAUCCAUACACAGCACUUGAUAAGGCAAAUCAAGAGCUUGAGGCAUUAGAAGAAGAAAUGUUGCAGAUGCAAGAAUCUACUCGUCUUUUUGAAGUGGCUCUUCCAGAAUACAAACAAAUGAAGCAGUGUCGCAAAGAAAUAAAAUUGCUCAAGGGACUGUGGGAUGUCAUUAUUUAUGUUCAAAGAAGCAUUGAUAAUUGGACUAAAACCCAGUGGAGACAGAUUAAUGUGGAACAGAUGGAUGUAGAACUCAGAAGGUUUGCCAAGGCGAGUUCCGUAACUGAAAUUUGGUCACUUGACAAGGAAGUCCGCGUCUGGGAUGCUUACAUAGGCCUGGAAGGCACAGUUAAGGACAUGACAGCUUCCCUGAGGGCCGUCACAGAGUUACAGAGCCCUGCCCUCAGGGACAGGCAUUGGCACCAGCUGAUGAAGGCUACUGGGGUCAAGUUUUUAAUAAAUGAAGCCACGACUUUGGCGGAUUUGUUAGCACUGCAGCUACACAGUGUGGAAGAUGAUGUCCGAAGGAUUGUGGACAAAGCGGUGAAAGAGCUGGGGACUGAGAAGGUUAUUACUGAAAUCAGUCAGACCUGGGAAACCAUGGAGUUUUCUUAUGAAGUUCACUAUCGAACAGGCGUUCCAUUACUAAAGUCUGACGAACAACUUUUUGAAACUCUAGAGCACAAUCAAGUUCAGUUGCAGACUCUUCUUCAAAGCAAGUAUGUGGAAUAUUUCAUUGAGCAAGUGUUAAGUUGGCAAAAUAAAUUAAACAUAGCAGACUUGAUCAUCUUUACUUGGAUGGAAGUCCAGCAAACUUGGUCUCACCUGGAAAGCAUUUUUGUCUGUUCAGAGGAUAUUCGAAUCCAGCUUGUGAAAGAUGCUAGAAGAUUUGAUGGGGUGGAUGCUGAAUUUAAGGAGUUAAUGUUCAAGACAGCAAAAGUAAAAAAUGUGUUAGAAGCAACAUGCCAACCUAAUCUCUAUGAAAAACUUAAAGAUUUACAGUCCAGGCUUUCUCUUUGUGAAAAAGCUCUUUCUGAAUACCUGGAAACCAAGCGCGUAGCCUUUCCUCGCUUCUAUUUCAUCUCUUCUGCUGAUUUACUGGACAUUCUCUCAAAAGGAGCUCAGCCUAAACAGGUAACACGUCACCUUGUCAAACUUUUUGACAGCAUUGCAGACCUGCAGUUUGAAGACAGUCAGGAUGUUUCUGCACACAGGGCAGUUGGAAUGUACAGCAAAGAGGAGGAGUAUGUCCCAUUCCAAGAUGAGUGUGAAUGCGUGGGCCAUGUGGAAACAUGGCUUCUGCAACUUGAACAGACUAUGCAAGAAACAGUGCGUCUUUCUAUCACCGAAGCCAUAGUGGCCUAUGAGGAAAAACCUAGGGAACUGUGGAUUUUUGAUUUCCCGGCUCAAGUUGCACUAACCAGCUCGCAAAUAUGGUGGACCACAGAUGUCGGAAUAGCCUUCAGUAGACUGGAAGAAGGCUACGAAACAGCCCUAAAGGAUUUCCAUAAAAAACAGAUUUCUCAGCUGAAUACACUAAUUACACUUUUGCUGGGAGAACUUCCACCAGGAGACAGACAGAAGAUCAUGACAAUUUGUACCAUAGAUGUCCAUGCCAGAGACGUGGUGGCCAAACUUAUUUCUCAGAAGGUUGUCAGUCCCCAAGCUUUUACAUGGCUGUCUCAGCUUCGUCACCAGUGGGAGGAUACACAGAAGCACUGCUUUGUUAAUAUUUGUGAUGCCCGGUUCCAGUACUUCUAUGAAUACUUAGGAAACAGUCCUCGACUAGUGAUCACUCCUCUAACUGACAGGUGUUACAUUACUUUAACUCAAUCACUUCAUCUAACCAUGAGUGGGGCUCCUGCUGGCCCAGCUGGGACUGGAAAAACAGAGACCACUAAGGACCUAGGUCGUGCCCUUGGCAUGAUGGUUUAUGUAUUCAACUGUUCAGAGCAAAUGGACUACAAAUCCAUAGGAAAUAUCUAUAAGGGAUUGGUGCAAACAGGAGCUUGGGGCUGCUUUGAUGAGUUCAAUCGAAUCUCUGUGGAAGUUCUGUCAGUGGUGGCGGUACAAGUGAAAAUUAUUCAUGAUGCCAUCAGAAACAGGAAAAAGAGAUUUGUAUUUCUUGGGGAAGCUAUUGCACUGAAGCCAUCAGUUGGAAUAUUUAUUACUAUGAACCCGGGUUAUGCUGGUCGAACCGAAUUACCGGAAAACCUCAAAGCUCUUUUCAGACCCUGUGCCAUGGUGGCCCCUGACAUUGAGCUAAUCUGUGAAAUCAUGUUAGUUGCUGAAGGUUUUGUGGAUGCGCGCUCAUUAGCCCGAAAGUUCAUUACAUUGUACACACUUUGCAAGGAGCUCCUCUCCAAGCAGGAUCAUUAUGAUUGGGGACUUCGUGCUAUUAAAUCUGUUUUGGUUGUGGCUGGCUCUCUGAAACGAGGAGACAGAAACAGACCCGAAGAUCAGGUACUCAUGAGAGCAUUAAGGGAUUUCAAUAUGCCUAAAAUAGUGACUGACGACAUCCCAGUGUUUCUGGGCCUGGUCGGUGACCUGUUUCCAGCCCUGGAUGUGCCCCGGAGGAGGACGCUGCACUUUGAACAGAUGGUCAGGCAGUCUACCCUGGAGCUCCGCCUGCAGCCUGAAGAGAGCUUCAUCCUGAAAGUUGUCCAGCUCGAGGAACUGUUGGCUGUGUGGCACUCGGUCUUCGUGGUUGGAAAUGCAGGCACAGGAAAGAGUAAGAUUUUGAGAACACUGAACCAAACAUAUGUUAACAUGAAACGGAAGCCGGUUUGGAAUGACUUAAACCCUAAAGCCGUGACAACAGAUGAACUCUUUGGUUUCAUACAUCAUGUUACCCGAGAAUGGAAAGAUGGUCUCUUCUCGUUCAUUCUGCGAGAACAAGCAAAUCUUAAGCACGAUGGACCCAAAUGGAUAGUCCUGGAUGGAGAUAUUGAUCCCAUGUGGAUUGAAUCACUCAAUACUGUAAUGGACGAUAAUAAGGUGCUGACCCUCGCCAGCAAUGAGCGCAUCGCCCUCACUCCCUCCAUGAGGCUUCUGUUUGAGAUACAUCACUUAAGGAGCGCAACCCCGGCCACUGUUUCCAGAGCUGGUAUUCUGUUUGUGAACCCACAAGAUCUGGGCUGGAAUCCGUAUGUGGCCAGUUGGAUAGACAGAAGGCGGCAUCAAUCAGAAAAGGCCAAUUUGACUAUUCUUUUUGAUAAAUAUGUCCCCGCAUGCUUGGAUAAGCUGAGGACAAGCUUUAAAACCAUCACUUCAAUUCCUGAGAGUAGCCUGGUGCAGACUAUAUGUGUUCUUUUGGAGUGCUUGCUGACUCCUGAAAAUGUCCCAUAUGACAGCCCAAAAGAAGUUUAUGAAGUCUAUUUUGUGUUUGCUUGUAUCUGGGCUUUUGGAGGUACCCUGGUACAAGAUCAGCUUUCUGAUUAUCAAGCUCACUUCAGCCGUUGGUGGCAGAAAGAGAUGAAAGCAGUGAAAUUUCCAUCCCAGGGAACAAUCUUUGAUUAUUAUGUGGACCACAGAACUAAGAAAUUCUUGCCCUGGGCUGACAAAAUCGCCCAAUUUACUAUGGAUCCAGAUGUGCCCCUGCAGACAGUUCUGGUUCACACAUCAGAGACAACUCGUCUUAGAUAUUUCAUUGAGUUGUUGCUUGAGAAAGGAAAGCCUCUAAUGCUAGUAGGAAAUGCCGGAGUGGGGAAAACAGUCUUCGUAGGUGACACAUUGGCAAGUCUCUGUGAAGAUUACAUAGUAUCCCGUGUGCCUUUCAACUACUACACAACAUCCGCAACUCUGCAAAAAAUCCUCGAGAAGCCCCUAGAGAAAAAAGCUGGUCAUAACUAUGGUCCAAGAGGAAAUAAAAAAUUGAUUUAUUUUAUUGAUGACAUGAACAUGCCUGAAGUGGACUUCUAUGGCACUGUGCAGCCUCACACCCUGAUCCGACAGCAUAUUGAUUAUGGGCAUUGGUAUGAUAGACAGAAGGUGAUGCUUAAAGAAAUCCACAACUGCCAGUAUGUCGCCUGCAUGAAUCCAAUGGUGGGCAGUUUCACCAUCAAUCCUAGGCUACAGAGACAUUUCACAGUGUUUGCAUUCAAUUUUCCAUCUUUGGAUGCACUAAGCACCAUCUAUGGCCAAAUCUUCAGUUUCCAUUUCCAACAGCAAGCAUUUGGUCCAUCAGUUCUCAGGAGUGGGCCUGCUUUGAUUCAGGCAGCAAUAGCAUUCCAUCAGACAAUGAUGUGUAACUUUUUACCCACAGCUAUUAAAUUCCACUAUGUCUUUAAUCUGAGAGAUCUAUCCAACGUCUUCCAGGGGAUUUUAUUUGCUUCCCCCAAGUGUUUAAAAGAUUCACUUGAUUUAGUACAUCUGUGGCUUCAUGAAUCUGCCCGUGUUUAUGGAGACAAACUGAUAGACACAAAAGAUUGUGAUUUGUUUCAGAAAAAAAUGCUGGAAACUGCUUAUAAAUAUUUUGAAGGUAUAGAUAGUCACAUGCUACUUCAGCAGCCCCUCAUUUAUUGCCACUUUGCUAAUGGAGGGAAGGACCCAUGUUACAUGCCAGUAAAGGACUGGGAAGUGCUGAAGACAAUUCUUACGGAAACCUUAGACAACUACAAUGAACUAAAUGCUACCAUGCACCUGGUUUUAUUUGAAGAUGCCAUGCAACACGUGUGUCGUAUCAGCCGGAUCUUACGAACCCCUCAGAGCUGUGCUCUCUUGGUUGGAGUCGGGGGCAGUGGCAAGCAGAGCUUGUCCAGGCUGGCAGCUUACCUUUGUGGCCUUGAGGUCUUUCAGAUAUCUCUGACCGAGGGCUAUGGAAUCCAGGAACUUCGGGUAGAUCUUGCCAAUUUGUACGUCCAAACUGGAGCCAAGAACAUGCCCACUGUGUUCCUGCUGACAGAUGCCCAGGUUCUAGAUGAGAGCUUCCUCGUGCUGAUUAAUGACUUGCUGGCAUCAGGAGAAAUCCCAGAUCUGUUCAGUGAUGAAGAUGUGGACAAGAUAAUUUCUGGAAUUCAUAAUGAAGUUCAUGCUCUGGGCAUGGUGGACUCCGAAGAAAACUGUUGGAAAUUCUUUUUGGCCAGGGUGCGACUACAGCUCAAAAUCAUUUUGUGUUUCUCUCCAGUUGGUCACACGCUGAGAAUUAGAGCUCGGAAGUUCCCAGCCAUAGUUAACUGCACGGCUAUUGACUGGUUUCAUGCGUGGCCGCAGGAGGCCCUGGUCUCCGUCAGCAGGAGGUUCAUUGAGGAAACCAAGGGAAUUGAGCCACAGCACAAGGACUCCAUUAGCCUUUUCAUGGCACACGUUCACACCACUGUAAAUGAAAUUAGUGCCAGGUAUUACCAGAAUGAGAGAAGACGCAACUAUACUACCCCAAAGAGUUUUCUAGAACAAAUAUCACUGUUUAAGAACCUGUUGAAGAAGAAGCAAAAUGAGGUAUCUGAGAAAAGAGAACACUUGGUGAACGGCAUCCAAAAGCUAAAAACCACAGCCUCUCAGGUGGGAGAUUUAAAAGCCAGACUUGCCUCUCAAGAAGCCGAGUUGCAACUGAAAAAUCAUGAUGCCGAAGCUCUAAUCACGAAGAUUGGACUUCAGACGGAGAAAGUGAGCCGGGAAAAGACCAUCGCUGAUGCUGAGGAGCGAAAGGUGACAGCCAUUCAGACUGAAGUGUUCCAGAAACAGAGGGAAUGCGAGGCUGACUUAGUCAAGGCUGAGCCUGCACUGGUGGCUGCUACAGCUGCACUCAAUACACUCAACAGGGUCAACCUCAGUGAGCUGAAAGCCUUUCCCAACCCCCCCAUUGCAGUUACCAAUGUUACUGCAGCGGUGAUGGUCCUUCUGGCUCCUCGGGGAAGAGUGCCCAAAGACCGAAGUUGGAAAGCAGCUAAAGUCUUCAUGGGAAAGGUUGAUGAUUUUUUGCAAGCAUUAAUUAACUAUGACAAAGAGCACAUUCCAGAGAACUGUCUAAAAGUGGUGAAUGAACAAUAUUUGAAAGACCCAGAGUUUAAUCCAAACCUGAUUCGAACCAAAUCUUUUGCAGCAGCUGGCCUCUGUGCCUGGGUCAUCAACAUCGUUAAAUUCUAUGAGGUCUACUGUGAUGUGGAGCCAAAACGCCAAGCAUUAGCCCAGGCAAACUUAGAAUUGGCUGCAGCUACUGAAAAACUAGAGGCUAUCAGGAAAAAGCUUGUGGAUCUGGAUCGAAAUUUGAGCAGACUCACAGCUUCAUUUGAGAAAGCAAUAGCUGAGAAAGUCCGGUGUCAAGAAGAGGUGACCCAAACUGAUAAAACCAUCAAAUUAGCUAACAGACUUGUCAAGGAACUUGAGUCAGAGAAGAUUCGCUGGGGUCAAUCCAUUAAGUCCUUCGAAGCUCAAGAGAAGACACUGUGUGGAGAUGUUCUUCUCACAGCAGCUUUUGUGUCUUAUGUUGGACCCUUCACAAAGCAGUAUCGCCAGGAGCUGGUGGACUGCAAGUGGGUUCCCUUUCUUCAACAGAAGGUUUUCAUUCCACUAACUGAAGGCCUGGACUUGAUUUCCAUGUUGACGGAUGAUGCUACAGUUGCCGCCUGGAAUAAUGAAGGACUGCCAAGCGACAGAAUGUCCACUGAAAAUGCUGCUAUCCUAACACACUGUGAGCGCUGGCCUCUGGUGAUAGAUCCGCAGCAGCAGGGAAUUAAGUGGAUCAAGAAUAAGUACGGAACGGACCUGAAAGUCACACAUUUGGGCCAGAAAGGGUUCUUGAAUGCCAUAGAAACUGCUUUGGCCUUUGGUGAUGUCAUCUUAAUUGAAAAUCUCAAGGAAACGAUAGAUCCAGUCCUGGACCCACUACUUGGCAGGAACACAAUUAAAAAAGGAAAGUAUAUCAGGAUCGGAGAUAAAGAAUGUGAAUUUAACAAGAACUUUCGCCUUAUCCUUCACACAAAAUUGGCAAAUCCUCACUAUAAGCCGGAAUUACAAGCUCAGACAACUCUCCUCAAUUUCACAGUCACGGAAGAUGGUCUAGAAGCACAGCUGCUGGCAGAGGUUGUCAGUAUUGAAAGGCCAGAUUUGGAGAAACUUAAGUUGGUAUUGACAAAGCACCAAAAUGAUUUUAAGAUUGAGCUCAAGUAUCUGGAAGACGACCUCCUUUUGCGCCUUUCUGCAGCAGAGGGAAGCUUUCUGGAUGACACCAAACUGGUAGAGAGAUUGGAGGCGACAAAGGCCACCGCGGCAGAGAUAGAGCACAAGGUGAUUGAGGCCAAAGAAAAUGAAAGAAAAAUCAACGAGGCCCGCGAAUGUUACAGACCAGUGGCGGCAAGAGCAUCUCUUCUUUAUUUUGUUAUUAAUGACCUCCAAAAAAUCAACCCCAUCUACCAAUUCUCUUUGAAGGCUUUUAACGUGCUGUUCCACAGAGCGAUCGAGCAGGCUGACAAGGUGGAAGAUAUGCAGGGACGCAUCUAUACCCUGAUGGAGAACGUCACCCACGCCAUCUUCCUCUACACCAGCCAGGCGCUGUUUGAAAAGGACAAGCUCACCUUCCUGUCCCAAAUGGCUUUUCAGAUUUUGUUGAGAAAGAAAGAGAUAGACCCCCUUGAAUUGGAUUUCCUGCUUCGAUUCAAGGUUGAACACACUCAUCUGAGUCCCGUUGACUUCCUAACUACUCAGUCAUGGAGUGCUAUCAAGGCAAUCGCCCUCCUGGAAGCGUUUCGAGGCAUAGACCGGGAUGUGGAAGGAUCUGCCAAGCAGUGGAGGAAGUGGGUAGAAUCCGAGUGUCCAGAAAAAGAAAAAUUACCUCAAGAAUGGAAGAAGAAAAGUUUAAUACAGAAGCUGAUUAUUCUGAGAGCAGUGCGCCCUGACAGAAUGACAUAUGCUCUCAGAAAUUUUGUAGAGGAAAAGCUGGGUGCAAAGUAUGUGGAGAGCACCAGAUUGGAAUUAGUUAAAGCAUUCGAAGAAAGCAGCCCAGCCACCCCCAUAUUCUUCAUCCUAUCCCCAGGGGUAGAUGCCCUUAAAGACUUGGAGAUUCUUGGCAAAAGACUUGGCUUUACAAUUGACUCUGGAAAAUUCCACAACGUGUCUUUAGGACAAGGUCAGGAGACGGUGGCAGAAAUGGCACUGGAGAAAGCUUCCAAAGGGGGACACUGGGUCAUCCUCCAAAAUGUUCAUUUGGUAGCCAAGUGGCUAGGAACCUUGGAGAAGCUCCUUGAAAGACUUAGCCAAGGAAGCCACAGAGAUUACAGGGUUUUCAUGAGUGCCGAGCCUGCACCUUCACCAGAUAAGCAUAUCAUCCCUCAAGGACUCCUGGAAAAUUCCAUUAAGAUCACUAAUGAGCCCCCCACAGGGAUGCUGGCCAAUUUGCAUGCGGCCCUCUACAACUUUGAUCAGGAUACACUUGAAAUAUGCUCCAAGGAGCAGGAGUUUAAAAGCAUCCUCUUUUCUCUCUGCUACUUCCAUGCCUGUGUUGCUGGGAGACUGAGGUUUGGCCCCCAGGGCUGGAGCCGAAGCUAUCCUUUCAGUCCUGGAGAUCUCACCGUUUGUGCCAACGUCCUCUACAACUACUUAGAGGCAAACCCUACAGUCCCAUGGGAGGAUCUCCGUUACCUCUUUGGUGAGAUCAUGUACGGGGGCCACAUCACAGAUGACUGGGAUCGCAAACUGUGUCGGGUGUAUUUAGAAGAAUUCAUGAAUUCAUCUCUGACUGAAGAUGAACUGAUGCUGGCACCAGGAUUUGCUGCCCCACCCUACCUAGAUUAUGCAGGCUACCACCAGUACGUAGAGGAGAUGCUUCCUCCGGAAAGUCCAGCACUGUACGGCCUCCACCCAAAUGCUGAAAUCGAAUUUCUGACAAUGACGUCCAACACUCUCUUUAGAACUUUGCUGGAGAUGCAGCCCAGGAAUGCACUCAGUGAUGAUGAACUUGGGCAGUCUACAGAAGAAAAGGUUAAGAAUGUCUUGGAUGACAUUUUGGAGAAACUUCCAGAAGAAUUCAACAUGGCAGAGAUAAUGCAAAAAAAUUCAAAUAGAAGCCCAUUUGUUCUUGUUUGCUUCCAAGAAUGUGAGAGGAUGAAUAUUCUCAUUCGGGAAAUACGUUUAUCACUUGAACAACUGGACCUUAGUUUGAAGGGGGAGUUGGCAUUAUCUCCUGCUGUGGAAGCCCAGCAGUUUGCAUUAAGUUAUGACACAGUACCAGACACUUGGAGCAAACUGGCUUAUCCUUCUACUUACAGCCUAGCCCAGUGGUUCAAUGACCUCCUCCUACGAUGCCGAGAACUCGAUACUUGGACACAAGACCUUGUCCUUCCAGCUGUCGUGUGGCUCUCAGGCUUCUUCAACCCUCAGUCCUUCUUAACUGCAAUCAUGCAGACAAUGGCUCGAAAAAAUGAGUGGCCACUGGAUAAAACGUGCUUGACUGUUGAUGUUACCAAAAAAACAAAGGAAGAUUAUGGCCACCCACCAAGGGAAGGUGCAUACCUCCACGGGCUCUUCAUGGAGGGCGCCCGAUGGGACACCCACUCAGGAACCAUUGUCGAAGCCCGUCUCAAGGAGCUGACAUGCACAAUGCCGGUCAUCUUUGCAAAGGCCACCCUUGUGGACAGACAAGAAACCAGACAAACCUACGACUGUCCAGUGUACAGAACCAAACUGAGAGGCCCUAGCUACAUCUGGACCUUCAGGCUGAAAAGCAAAGAGAAGACUGCAAAAUGGGUUCUGGCUGGAGUGGCUCUGCUGCUAGAAGCGUAAGAUAACACUGGCAUUCCUCUAGCCUCGGCUGGAGUGCAGUGAGGAUUUUCUAUUGUGUUGCUGCACUGUUCCUAUGCACCUUAAUGUAUCCUAUUAUAAGGUUUUAGUACCUCACACAAUGCAUUCUCUUUUUUUUCAACACUAUCCUUAAAAAGUAAAGGGGAGAGAAAAAUCAGCAAAUGCAGAAAAAAUAGUAGAGACCGAAUCUAUGUCCAUUGUAGCUUUCCCUCUAAAACCCCAUAGCUCCCUCAAGACAAAAAAGUACAUCUGAGGCCAGGCACGGUGGCUCACGCCUGUAAUACCAGCACUUGGUCAGGAGUUCGAGACAAUCCUGGCUAACAUGGUGAAACCCUGUAUUCACAAAAAAUUAGCGUGGCAUGUAACUGUAAUCCCAGCUAUGCGGAGGCUGAGGCAAAAGAAUCACAUGAAACUGGUAGGUUGCAGUGACCUGAGAUGGUGCCACUGCACUCCAGCUUAGGGGACAGAAUGAGACUCCAUAAGUACAUCUAAAUAUACAACUAAAAAAAGCAAUGCAGCCACAAAAAAAAGAAGGGGGACUUUUAAACAGGAAAUUAAAUUAAAAAUUAUUACCCCCUAUAUUCUUUUCAAAAUAUAGAAGCAGCAGGCCCCAGGUGAGUCCUGAAGAUAAAGGCUGGUACCCCGAGCCCUCCAGUGUCUACAACAUUGAUGGUCCCCUUCUGUUCCGUCAACUUUUAAUAACAAUAAAACUGUAGUACUCAU